CCCCUCUCAGCCGGCAGCACAUUCCGCCGCCGUUGCCGCCGUCGCCGGCCCCGCGGUCGUCUUCGCCGGAGCUGCUGUGGUGCCGGGGCUCGGGACAGGAGGGGGCGGCAGGCUAGGGAGUGGACGCCGCGGAGGCCGGGCGAGAGGAAGGGAGCGGACGGACGGGCGGGCGGCGCAAGCGGCGGCCGGCUUCCUGGGAGCGUCGGUGCGGCGCGGUGGUUGGGGCGGAUCCCGCGGGGCCCGGGCGGGGAGGGGGGGGGAGAGUCGCCGACCCGGCCAUGGCGGACAACGAGAAAUUGGACAACCAACGGCUCAAGAAUUUCAAGAACAAAGGCCGCGACUUAGAGACUAUGAGAAGACAACGAAAUGAAGUUGUAGUUGAAUUAAGGAAGAAUAAAAGAGAUGAACAUCUCUUAAAGAGAAGAAAUGUGCCACAUGAAGAUAUCUGUGAAGACUCUGAUAUAGAUGGUGAUUUUAGAGUACAAAAUACCUCUCUAGAAGCUAUUGUUCAAAAUGCUUCAAGUGAUAACCAAGGAAUUCAAUUAAGUGCAGUACAAGCUGCUAGGAAACUUUUGUCCAGUGAUCGAAAUCCACCAAUUGAUGACUUAAUAAAAUCUGGAAUAUUGCCUAUUUUAGUUCAUUGUCUUGAAAGAGAUGACAAUCCUUCUUUACAGUUUGAAGCUGCAUGGGCUUUGACAAACAUUGCAUCUGGAACAUCUGAACAGACACAAGCUGUGGUUCAAUCCAAUGCUGUGCCACUUUUCCUAAGGCUGCUGCAUUCGCCGCAUCAGAAUGUCUGUGAGCAGGCAGUGUGGGCAUUGGGAAAUAUUAUAGGUGAUGGACCUCAGUGUAGAGAUUAUGUGAUAAGCCUUGGAGUUGUAAAACCUCUGCUUUCAUUCAUAAGUCCGUCUAUUCCUAUAACAUUCUUAAGAAAUGUUACCUGGGUUAUGGUCAACUUAUGUCGCCACAAAGACCCACCGCCACCAAUGGAAACAAUUCAGGAGAUUCUUCCAGCUCUUUGUGUAUUAAUUCAUCACACAGAUGUAAAUAUAUUGGUAGAUACUGUCUGGGCCCUCUCCUACCUUACGGAUGCUGGCAAUGAACAGAUACAGAUGGUAAUAGACUCCGGAAUAGUUCCUCAUUUGGUUCCUCUACUCAGCCACCAGGAAGUUAAAGUUCAAACUGCUGCACUUCGAGCUGUGGGCAACAUUGUCACUGGGACUGAUGAGCAAACACAAGUAGUUUUAAACUGUGAUGCUCUUUCACACUUCCCAGCUCUUCUCACUCAUCCCAAAGAGAAAAUUAAUAAAGAAGCAGUGUGGUUCCUGUCUAACAUUACUGCAGGAAAUCAGCAGCAGGUUCAGGCAGUAAUUGAUGCCAAUCUUGUACCAAUGAUAAUACACCUUUUGGAUAAGGGAGAUUUUGGCACACAGAAAGAAGCUGCUUGGGCCAUAAGUAACUUAACAAUUAGUGGGAGGAAAGACCAAGUGGCCUACCUUAUCCAACAAAAUGUUAUUCCACCUUUCUGCAAUUUGCUGACUGUAAAAGAUGCACAAGUUGUGCAAGUAGUGCUUGAUGGACUAAGUAAUAUAUUAAAAAUGGCUGAAGAUGAGGCGGAAACCAUAGCCAAUCUCAUAGAGGAGUGUGGUGGACUGGAGAAAAUUGAACAACUUCAGAAUCAUGAAAAUGAAGACAUCUACAAAUUGGCCUAUGAGAUCAUUGACCAGUUCUUCUCUUCAGACGAUAUUGAUGAAGAUCCUAGCCUUGUUCCAGAGGCAGUUCAAGGUGGAACAUUUGGUUUCAAUUCAUCUGCCAAUGUACCAACUGAGGGGUUCCAGUUUUAGAAAGAUAUUGUGGAAGCUAGGUACAAUGCAGCACUGAGACAUAUAUAUAUAUAUACACAUAUAUAUAAAAAGGUUUGAUCCAUCAAGCUUGGCUCAUGGGAUCUGCUGCUGCAUUAAAUCGGGAGAGAAAAUGUGAAGAUUUCAUUUGGAAUCGCAGACUAUGCCCAAAUGAGGUCAAGGUGGCGAGUGGGUGCGAGUGAGAAUGAGUGGCAGUGUAAGGAAAAGUUGACAUGAAUGCUUAUUUAGGUUGAGAGGAAAGGGCUGCAGGUCACAGGCAUUGGUGCCUGAGAAGGAGCAUUGACUCCCUCUGUCAAUGGAGGGAAGUGAAGUGCUGUCGUCAUCAAGCCUUGUAAGCAUGAAAGCGAUGCCCAUGGAAGUCAAGGGAAAUGAGCCCAGGCUUGCUGAGAAGCGGUGUGAGUGGACAGUGGUGAGUGAGUGUCUGGCUCCGUGGUAGAGAGCCAGGUUCAUCUUUCCAAUCUAGGGCUCUUCACGCAUGCCGUGGACUCCUAGUCCUGGAGUGACUGUGUAGAGUGUGGUUGUGGUGCUGUAUGUGGACGCAUGCAAGCUUGAUUCGCCUUCAGGGGGCUGAUAACAAACCUAGUAAGUAGAUCAUCAAAGUGAGAUCACAAGUGUUAAUGUACACUGGACAUGAAAACAAAGACCGGUUUAGCAGCAGACAUUGGUUUACUCUGCAGCCUGUGUUUUCUAUUCUCCCUCUACCUUCCCCCUCUCCCCCUUUUUUUAAUUUAGUUUUUAUUUACCUAGUAUGGCUUUUUUAGUUGCUUCUCAAGUCAGAAAACUUCAGGAAGGUUUCCCUGUGCAUUUGCACCAGAUGAGUGUUUGAUGCUAUGAAAAGCUUUCCAUAUCAUCAAAACUAAUUUGUGUAGAUUUUUGCAUGAAAAAAAAUCAUAAAUUUCCCUCACAGUAGACUGUGUUGCAGUACACAAGUUGCCAUAAUAGUAUAAAAUGUGCUUUAAAAGCCAUUCUUUUCAUUUUCAGAGAUAACAUAAAGAUCUUUGCAUGAGGUAAAUCUACAGCAUAGUUCAUUUUUAGAUUUUGUUGAGUCCUGUAAAGAAGAGAAGUUUCAGUUGUGAUAGAAUACCGUGCUGUGUUGAAAUGUUAACUUGUUUUCAGACUUUGUUUUCUAUGAAAAUGAUAUGGAAGCUUCUGAAAUGGAAUUUGGUGCAUAUGUACUGCUGAAUAAAGACCGAUGAAGGGGUUUGAGUAGAUGUACAAAUCAAGUAAUGGUUUGAACACCUUCAAUAAUAUGCCUAAUCUGUUGAAUUGUUUUAGAAUCUUUUUAUCUUAGACGUAGGCAGCCAUGAACAAUCUAUUUUGAGCCACUUUAGGGAGAAAACUUUGUAUUUUUAAAACUUGCAUAAAAGUUAUGCAAGUGGUUUUUAUAAAUUGGAAUAAUACCUCAGUUGUGAGGUUACGCACACUAAAUUAAAUAUGUCAUAAAUUAAUUUGUACAAAAGGAACUCUUUAUAAGGUGGCUCAUUGUAGGAACUCCUGUGCCUUCCCCUUUGAGCACAAGUGUUGCAUGAACAACAGUUUGCUAUAAGAAACAUACCAGGUUAGCCACCAUUAGCAUCUAUAUCUACUUUGUGUUUAAAAAUCAACUGGUAAUUCUGAAACACUGUAGAAUGGAUAAAAAUUAUUUUGUGAUCAUAACUCUUUGUUGAACUAGAGUAUUUUUGCAGCAUUCCUUGUCAUCAAAAACAUGGUUAAAGUUUAAAACUAGAAGCAGCAGAAAACUAGCUUGUAAAAUUUAUCCAAGUAGAGUACAGGCUAGGCUGUCUUGGGGAAAUAAACAUUAAAACUUAAAGCAAUGUUUUACAUGGGGUGUGUGUGUGAUGUGUGGAUUUCUUUUUCUAUCUAAUAUUAAGUUAGAGCAUACCUCAGUGGCUUCUUUUAGCUUGUCUGUCUUAAGCCUUUUUCUAGAACCAGCAUAAGACGUCAUAAAAGCUGUAACUUCGUUCUGGGCUUGUUAGUAUUGCCGUCCACAGAAUUUGUUCAGUUGACACCAUCUACACUUGCACCUUCUCCCGGAUGACACCAAGAUUUUGACCUUCCUUCACUUUCCCAAGUCAAUAGAAUUAAGAAACAGCUUGAGCUAUAUUUUAAAUACUGUCGUAGCCAAUAUGUGGCUCCAAAUGAUAAAUUGCAUACAAGGCCUAUUUUUUGCAAAAAGUGUGAAUUCUGGGAAGGUGAGCGUAUACUCCCUUAUAUAAUUACUAUUUUUUAAUUAAGCGGUAAUCAGUGAGCUUGUAAUAGGUACCUAUAUAUAUAGAAUUCUGGCAGGUAGCUCAGCAUGGUGUCCUAUGCCUGUGAUCCUAGCUCUCAGAAAGGUGAGGCAGGAGAGUCACCUCAUUCAAAUACAGCCUUGGUUAUAUUGUCAUGAGACCCUGCUUCAGGAAUUAAAACAAAAUGUGUGGGAACAAUAUUCACAUCUCUAAGGGCUACCUGAAUGUCUAAAUACUUGUUUCUAACUAUGAUCACUAUGGGACAUUGUUUUUUUUUUUUAAUUCUAAGGUGUGCUUUUCUAUAUCUAAAAUGUGUCCCAAAUAACACAACUUUUUUUAAAUUCUUCAGUGACCUAGGAAACUGAUUGAAUUUUAACAAAUACCAUUAUAUCUGAUAAGGGGGAAAUAGGGUAAUAAGUCUAAUAAGCUAACUGUUAUUAUUUUUCAUGUUCUUAAACUGCCAUGUUUAACACCAAGCCCUUCUCAAAAGCUACAAAAAUAAAAAUACUGUGUUAA